CCUCUCAUGGUUGGGGGGCGGGGGGAAAGAUGGCGGAGCUGAUGCUCCUCAGUGAGAUUGCGGACCCGACACGCUUUUUCACCGACAACUUGCUGAGCCCGGAGGACUGGGACAGCACUUUGUACGCCGGCUUGGAUGAAGUGGCCGAGGAGCAGACGCAGCUCUUCCGUUGUCCGGAGCAGGAUGUCCCGUUUGGCAGCAGCUCCCUGGACCUGGGGAUGGACGUCAGCCCUCCUGAACCCCCCUGGGACUCUCUGCCUAUCUUCCCAGCCUGUUUUCCUCCAGAUCUCCAGGUGAAGUCUGAGCCAUCCUCCCCCUGCUCUUCCUCCUCCUUCAGCUCUGAAUCAUCGCAUCUUUCCACAGAGCCCUUCAGCCAGGCCCCUGGUGUAAGGGAGAUGCUGGUUGUGAAGUCAGAGUCCUUGGCACCCCCACUCUGCCUCCUGGGAGAUGAUCCAACAUCCCCAUUUGAAACCAUCAAUGUCAGCCCCACCUCUGAUGAUCCUUCAGAUGUUCAGAUUAAGAUAGAGCCUGCCUCUCCGUCUUCCUCCAUCAGCUCGGAGGCUCCCCUGCUCUCUGCGGAGUCUCCCAGCCAGGUGAGCAUGCACUCCGCUGCUCCCUCCAGCACGCCAGCUUUCAUAGGAGAGGAGGUCCUGGAAGUAAAAACAGAGUCCCCGUCCCCUCAGGGAUGUCUCCUGCAGGAUGUCGCCGGCCCCCUUCCUGGAGCUGUCCAAAUCAGCGUGGGCCUAUCCUCUGAUGGCUCCUCAGGCAAAGCCCUGCCCGCCCGGAAGCCACCACUGCAGCCCAAACCUGUGGUGAUAACCACUGUCCCGAUGCCACUGAGAGCCGUGCCCGCCAGCACCACCGUCCUCUUGCAGCCCCUUGUCCAGCCACCCCCAGUGUCCCCAGUGGUCCUCAUCCAAGGUGCUGUUCGAGUCCGGCCUGAGGGACCGACCCCUCCUACUCCACGGCCUGAGAGGAAGAGCAUUGUUCCAGCCCCUAUGCCUGGGAACUCCUGCCCACCUGAGGUGGAUGCCAAGCUGCUCAAGCGGCAGCAGCGGAUGAUCAAGAACCGGGAGUCGGCCUGCCAGUCCCGCAGGAAGAAGAAAGAGUACCUGCAGGGGCUGGAAGCUCGGCUGCAGGCCGUCCUGGCCGACAACCAGCAGCUCCGGCGGGAGAAUGCUGCCCUCCGCCGGCGGCUGGAGGCCCUGCUGACUGAGAACAGCGAGCUCAAGUUAGGGUCUGGGAACAGGAAGGUGGUCUGCGUCAUGGUCUUCCUUCUCUUCAUCGCUUUCAACUUUGGGCCUGUGAGCAUCAGUGAGCCUCCUCCGGCUUCCAUCUCUCCUCGGAUGAGCAGAGGGGAGUCUCGACCCCGGAGACACUUGCUGGAGUUCUCGGCACAAGAGCCAGUCCAUGGAGCCGAGCACCCCCAGCAUCCCUUCCAGGACCCUGAGGAGCCCCAGCCCAGCCCUACAGGCCGCCCAAGUUUCAGGAACCUGACAGCCUUCUCUGGGGACGCCAGGGAGCUGCUGCUGAGAGACCUGGACCAGCUCUUCCUCUCCUCGGAUUGCCGGCACUUCAACCGAACCGAGUCCCUGAGGCUUGCUGACGAGCUGAGUGGCUGGGUCCAGCGCCACCAGAGAGGCCGGCGGAAAACACCCCAGAGAGCCCAGGAGAAACAGAAGUCUCAGCUGUGGAAGAAGUCACCUCCAGUUCAGGCAGUCCCCACCCGCCCCCCUGGGCCCCCAGAAGGGGAUUCCAUGGGCCAGCUGCAGCUGUACCGCCAACCAGACCGUUCGCAGCCCGAGUUCCUGGAUGCAAUUGACCGACGGGAAGACACAUUUUAUGUUGUCUCCUUCCGAAGGGAUCACUUGCUGCUCCCAGCCAUCAGCCACAACAAGACCUCCCGGCCCAAGAUGUCCCUGGUGAUGCCUGCCAUGGCCCCCAAUGAGACCCUGUCAGGCCGGGGGCCCCCUGGGGACUAUGAGGAGAUGAUGCAGAUCGAGUGUGAGGUCAUGGAUACCAGAGUGAUUCACAUCAAGACCUCCACAGUGCCCCCCUCGCUACGAAAACAGCCGUCCUCAACCCCGGGCAAUGCCACAGGUGGCCCCUUGCCAGCUUCUGCAGCAGCCAGCCAGGGCCACCAGGCCGCCCAUCAGCCCUCUACCUCAAUAAUCUCUGACCUCUAUGACUCACACUGACUUGGAACUGGGGGGUAGGGGUGGGAGCAACCAAGCGGGACUGUUUUGAAUUUUCCUGGUCCCUGGGCUUGCGGCAAUUUGUAAAGGGAAGACAGGGUGUUGGGGGUUAAGCACUUAUUUGGAGGUGGGUGGAAGUUUUCCUCUCUUCUCACCCCUUUUUUGGAAUAUAGAGCUCCUCUCAUUUCUAUGAACCUCCAACCCCUGCUUCUUUCCUUGAGGGUGCUGAGUGAAGUUAAGUUUUGGGGUGAAUGGGCCCCAGUACACUCUUUAUUCUUGUGUUUCUGUUUUGGGGGGUGGAGGUGGGAAUUUAGUCCCCAGGCGGGACAAGGGAAGUUUUUACAUUUGGGAGCUAGUUCCUGGGAGUCGACGAGGCAUGGCGGAGGGAGUUCAGGUGGAUGUAUGGGCAUAUCUUCUUUUUUAUUAUUAAAUAAACAACUUGGAGGGAGUUGAAGGUA